AUGUCUAUCCCAUCUUUCAGUCGUCUUGUACGCUUUAUUCCAAAGUCUUCAGACGAACCGCUCAUUGCAGAGCCAGUAGAUGCAAAUCUCGAUGUUGGAGCAGCAACAAGAGCAGGGAAAGAUGUCGAAGUGAAAGUCUUUAGCGGUUCCUCGAUACUGUCACCUGGCUCCCCAACCGGGAAAACAGAAACAAUCGGAAAGAUCCUGUCACCGUUAGCAGAAUCUGAGGUUGGAACAAUAAGAUGUAUUGGUCUUAACUAUGUGCAACACGCAAAAGAAGCCAAAAUGGCUCUCCCCACCAUCCCAACUCUCUUCAUGAAACCCUCCACCUCACUCGCAUCACCCUACCCAUCAUCCACCAUAAUCCCCAGAUCAACACUCGCCGAAGACUGCUGUGACUACGAAUCCGAGCUCGUAAUCAUCAUCGGAAAACGAUGCAAAGACGUGUCUGAAUCCGAGGCCUUGGAUUACGUGUUAGGAUAUACAGCUAGUAAUGAUGUGAGCAGUCGAAACGCACAGUUUGCGCAGAGUCAAUGGAGUUAUAGUAAGGGCUUUGAUGGGGCUUGUCCGAUUGGCCCCGUGGUGGUGAGUAAGGAGUUGAUUCCGGAUCCUGCGAAGUUGCAUAUGAGGGGGUUGAAGAAUGGGAAGGUUAUGCAGGAUUGUGGUAUUGAUGAUCUCAUUUUCUCAGUGCCAAAGAUCAUUUCUUUUCUGUCAAAGGGAACUACCCUUCAACCUGGAACUAUCAUUUUGACGGGUACACCAGCGGGUGUUGGCUUCUCGUUUGAUCCAAAGGAAUAUCUGAGAGAUGGAGAUGAGUUUGCGGUUGAGAUUUUGCCAUAUAUUGGGACAAUGACCACGAAAUUCGAAGCAGAGAAGUAG